AUGCCUUCACCUCAACGAUCAAACAGUCACUUCCCGCCCGCGGAUAUUAGCCACUUUCGGUCACCAUCUACUGACUCGUACGAUGACGGUCAAUUGCAACAAGCAAAAACUGUCCCGCUAUGCCCUGAAAAACGCUCCGCGGACGUGACAAUCGCGGACAUGACAACGACAUCAAACUCAGGAGGUCACCAAAACGACUCGACUGGAUACAAGCCAGUAGCAGUGGACGAUGGCAUCCCACGUGUAGAGUAUCCGAGACGCAAAGUGGAAAUUUCUACCAUCUCAGCCGACAUCAUCAUGGUUUCGCUGCCACUGGCCAUGGUGAUUUUUGUUGCAAUGAUCUGGCACAUGAAUGGUUUUCAAGUCAACCAGGGAUGGUACGAUGACUUGCAAAAUACGAUCACAGUGCUGGCAACUGUAUUCCCCAUAGUCUUUGCAGUGGUUGUUGGCUGCUUGAUGUCCGAAGCUGCGCGUUGGAAACUCGAGACUGGUACCACCGUAGGCACCCUAGAGCAGUUGGUGGGAAGUCACACAGUCGGCGGAGCAGCUCUGACUAUGGUCCGGUUCCGGUCUUUCAACGUUCUCACCUGCUUGUUACUCAUCCUGUGGGCUUUUUCGCCUUUGGGAACCCAGUCACUCCUUCGGAUGACGGCACUGAGACUUGAACCCGAUAUCAACCCUGCUGGCAUCGCCUACUUCGACAGCAACUCUGCGAGCUACCUAACCACUUGGUCACGCUCUAGGGACGAUAUGACCUCUAAGCUUCAAAUGACAGCGACCUUCCGAUCUUUGGGAUCCUUGUAUACCACUCUUGUCAUGACGUCCGAAACAGUUAAGCAGGAUACGAUGGAUCUCUGGGGCCAUAUCAAGAUUCCUUACAUGAAGCAAACACUAGAGGAAGAAUGGGAAGAUGUACCUCAGGAUGCUAGUGCAGUUGAUUAUUCUUCCCUAGCUGGUAUCCCGAUCAAGAAUAUCUACCGAGGCUUCAACAUCACAUUUCCCUUGGAGUCCAGCUACCUGCAACUCAAAUGCAGCAAUAUCUCUAAUGUCCUAGAACCAGCAGGAAAUGUCAUUAAUGCCGAGCUGGUCAACAACGAGACGCUCAGUCGUGCUGUUACAUCGUUCAAAUCAGGUAGCAACCAAAGCUACGUUUACGAACAACCUAACGGCACCUGGUAUGGAGAUCGCCCAACUAGGAACGGGUCAAUCUUAACAACGUGGAGUCUUGCUCUUGACCGGUUUGUCGACCCCCUGUGGAUGGGAAGCAAUGGAACUGGGUCAUCAAAGUUCUUUGAGACUUUGAAUGACAACCGCAGUCGAUAUUUAAACCGACCUAUUCUCUUCCAAAACGAAACAGGGAUAGAGGCUGGGCCAACGACACUAUUGUUUCAGGCCGUUUCUUCUUCAAGCAAAUCCUCCGCUGACGCCCUUUUAAGGGCAUACUGUAGCGUAACCCAGAAAUACGUCGAGUCCCGCGUCAACUGUUCCAGUACAGCCGGCUCUUCCAGACAAAACUGCAGCGUUACCGCUCAAAGGCCCUCGAGAAAGCCACACGCACCGGAAAACAUAUCGCAACUGUCUUUUCCGCCUGUUUUUAACCUGGUUUCCCAAGAACUACCCCUGACAGUUGGAGGGAGUGUAUCAUAUCAAUCAGAGGUGUCGCUUUAUUAUUUGAAAGAUCCCACUCUCAAGGCUUUGGGAUGGAAUGAAGAGGCGUUCUUGACAAAUAUUACAGCAGAGGAGAUUGAGAGCCGCCUAGGCCAGUUGCUCAACACAUAUUUACUGUUGGGCCAACUGUAUUUGAACAUUACAGGCGACGCUGAAAACACAAUUCUAUACAACAACAUUACUGUUCCAGCGGUAAGCAGCAGACUGACGCUCGUUUUCGGUGUAUCGCAGGGGUGGGCUGCGCUAUGCUUGGCAUCGAGCAUUGUCCUACUUGGAGCAGGGAUUCUAGGUGUAGUGUAUAAGCACUGGGCUCAAGGGCCCGAAAUUCUUGGAUACGCAUCUACGGUAAUUCGAGAUUCCAGGUAUAUGAAUCUGCAAGAGACGGGGCAACUAGAUGCGGCUGAAAUUUCAAGAAAUAUGAUGAAACAGCGCAUACGAUAUGGAGUUGUACAACAGAGAGAUGGAGGAGAGCCGCUGGUCGGAGUGGGAAGACAAGAAGACACCUUGCGGAUGAUGAAGUCGGUUACUCAUAAAUAG